UUGGAAAAAGGCUGGAGUGAUACACAAUCUAACUUGGUGAAAAUGGAAGCACGGGAUUACCCGUAUGAUGUAUAUAACCGUCGUGGGACGAUUUUCUAAUAGCACGGGCCUGCGGAGCACCGGCCGGAGCGGACGCGCCUUCCUCUUCUCCUUCUGCCGCCUGGGCCCGCUUUCUCCUUCGCUUGUCCUCACCAUGGCGCUCAGCGAUGCCGACGUCCAGAAGCAGAUCAAGCACAUGAUGGCUUUCAUUGAACAGGAAGCUAAUGAAAAGGCAGAAGAAAUAGAUGCUAAGGCCGAAGAAGAAUUCAACAUUGAGAAGGGUCGCCUUGUUCAGACGCAGAGACUGAAGAUCAUGGAAUACUAUGAAAAAAAAGAGAAACAGAUAGAACAACAGAAAAAAAUUCAGAUGUCCAAUCUGAUGAAUCAGGCAAGACUGAAAGUUCUCAAAGCAAGGGAUGAUAUGAUUACAGAUUUGCUCAAUGAAGCCAAGCAGAGACUGGCUAAAGUCGUGAAGGAUACUAGCAAAUACCAAACACUUUUAGAUGGUUUGGUCCUACAGGGAUUUUAUCAGUUACUUGAGCCUCAAAUGACAAUCCGUUGCCGGAAACAGGAUCUUCCCCUGGUUAAGGCUGCAGUCCAGAAGAGCAUCCCAAUCUACAAAACUGCCACCAAAAAUGAACCUGAAGUUCAUAUCGACCAGGAAACAUUUCUCCCAGAGGACAUAGCUGGAGGUGUUGAAAUUUAUAACAGCAACAAUAAAAUUAAGGUUUCCAAUACUCUGGAAAGCCGUUUGGAUCUGAUCGCUCAGCAGAUGAUGCCAGAUAUCCGAACGGCACUUUUUGGUGCCAACACCAAUAGGAAGUUCAUGGACUAACCUGCUUGAAGUAAUGGUAGAAUCUGUCCCACUGCUAUAGUGAAGGGAGACGCGGGAGCAUCUCUAAUAAAACAGCACCCCCCUCUUUCAAAACUGCUCAGCGAUAUAUCGUGUUGUCCUGUGUAUGUUCCUCAGGUGCAUUUUUUCCUAGCAUACCUGCUACACUUAAUCUGGCUGGGAGAGAGGCAGAAAGACCUCUUUGUCCAGAGAGCACAGGUAUGCACUACAAAAAUGGAAGCAUUCCUGGAGAUAGAUCAAGGAGAUGAGUUCUUUAUAGAUCACUGGUCCAUCUCUGCUUUGAUCGCUACCUUCGAUGCAUGUUGCCAAUCUGUGCUGCUUAUCUCCUGUUUCCCAUCUAUAGAAAAGCUCCUGUAUAAAGUAUACUUUUGUUUUGAGGGUCAGUGUAACUCAACUUGGUCAGCUUCAGGUUUUUGUUCUGUAUAUGUGGUUAAAUUAUACACACACACACACUUGAGUGCAUACUCCCUCAUCCUGUAUUGGUUUAUUAAAAUAAAAGUGUGUGAAACAGUGUUUA